UGGUGACCUAAUUUUUUCAAGGACGGGAGUCAUUGAGGAUUUUGAUUUUGGCGGCUUCAUAAUGACGGAGGUUCUGCCGAUUUCUUUGGUGAAUUUCAAUGCAGAUAGUGGCUAUUUAGAAGGUCUAGCACGUGGAAUUAAGGGUGGACUUCUUAAGCAAGCUGAUUACCACGUGCUAGUACAGUGUGAAACAUUGGAUGACCUAAAGCUCCACCUGCAUGACACUGACUAUGGGGAAUUUCUUGCCAAUGAACCGGGACCUUUGACUGUGGGGAUCAUUGAAGAAAGAAUUCGCGAAAAGUUUGUGUCUGAGUUCCGACACAUACGCAACCAAGCUGUAUACCCAUUAUCUUUAUUCUUGGAUUAUAUCACAUACAGCUAUAUGAUUGAUAAUAUCGUGCUUCUGAUAACAGGGACUCUCCAUGGAAGACCGAUAUCCGAACUUAUGACUAAAUGCCACCCUCUUGGAACAUUUCUGGAAAUGGAAACCCUGAAUAUUGCAACUAACCCUGCUGAAUUAUACAAUGCUGUACUCGUGGACACGCCUCUAGCUCCAUUCUUUAUUGAUUGCAUUUCGGAGCAGGACUUAGAUGAACUUAAUAUAGAGAUAAUACGUAACACUUUGUACAGGGCGUAUAUUGAAGAUUUUUAUGCCUUCUGUAAGUCGCUGGGUGGAAUUACUGCUGAGGUGAUGUGUGAGUUGUUGGCAUUUGAAGCUGACAGAAGGGCGUUUAUCAUAACAAUCAAUUCAUUCGGGACAGAACUCUCAAACGAAGAUAGGUCCAAACUUUAUCCUCGCUGCGGUAAACUUAACCCUGAGGGGCUUGUUCAGCUUGCUAAGGCUAACGAUUAUGAACAAGUAAAAUCCGUUGCAAGGUACUAUUCGAUGACCGCAGGUGGUACGGAUAAUAUUCUUGAUCUCAAUAAUGUAUCUUUGCUAUUUGGUUUUGGAGUUGUAAGGGCUGAUCGAUAUUUGUCUAGAUAUUAUCUCAAACUUCUGGUUAACUGAAUAUUUAUCAUGUCAUUCAAUCGCAUUUUUAUGUUCGUACAUUAAUCUUUACUUUCGUCUAACUAGAUUUAAUCGCAAAUGGGUUAUAGGAAUCCCGUAGAAACAAAAUUUAUACCUCUUCACGCCUUUUAUUUCCCUUUGUUUAUCGUCGUCCAAUGGCUAAUAUCAUUUCUUGAUAUUUAAACAUACUGUUUUCAUUGUAGGUCUUACGUCCAAAUUAUGAUUCAGUACUAUCCCAGACAAGCUAAGAAAUUCGUCAUUUUCAAUAAUUGCUACUAUCUACGACAAUGCUGUGACUUAUUUUUAUCAAUUUUAUCACUACUCCGAUGCUCUCCACCCACUCAGUAGAAUCUUGCGGACACUUGUGAUUUGGAAUGUUGUUAUACUCAGAUACCUAUCAGUGCGUUGUAACGUUUUUGAUGUAGUUCUGAGUACAUUAACUUAGCUCUUGCUAACAUCGAUCUAUGUCAGUCUCCACCUUAACUUUUGACAUGAGAAUUAGUGCAUAAAAUAUUUGAUUACAGGCAGCUGGAGUGACACUAGGAUUUGUUACAGUUAAGUACAUCAGUGGAGUGUUUUGUAUUAAGGGUUAUACAUGUCUUCAACUCACAGUAGACAUUAUUUCCAUGCUCUUAAACUCUGUGAAAAAGUACUGUAGACGUCCAAAAUAGAUUACCGAUUGAAGUCUAACUGAUGUGGGCUUCUCUCCCUCUGAUUAAGUACUAUGACAAUAAAAAUCCCAAAGAUGUAGCUAUCAAGUUUUACAAAUUCUCGGAAAACCAGUACCAAAAUCAGCAAAUUGUUUAGGUGGGUUGAAGUAAAUGAAUAAUUUUUAAUAUAGAAAAGAGUUCAUCGUUUGUGUGUGGGCUGUGAUACUGCCCGGGUGCCCAAACCGAAGCAGGUGGUUGUCUUAGGGGGCCACACCCCGAGCCUUUGACCAAAUGGUCUAACCCACAAGGCAGUGGAGCAUCGUAAGGAGAUGCAAUCCCAUGGUAGCCGGUGACCAACGAUUGGUUCAUACGCCAUUUGUUCCCGCAGGAUACUGGAGCCCAUGUGCACCAUUGGUUUGUGAUCCGGUUAAAGCGCCGGACGUUCGCUUUUCGUCCUCUCAUUUUUGUAAACAACACCCCCGCCGCGAGAAGGCAAUGAGUAGGACUUCCCUGGCAGAGGCUGUAUACGCGCGGCCGUGUGAGAGUAUUUCGAGAGGGAGAGCGGACUCUCCCCACUCUCGGCCGUACCAGGGCGUUCGGGAGACUUGAAUGCUCAGGUCGGGCGUCUAGGCACAGAAGAGAGUCGUUUAGGUGGCCGAUGGGGACUCGUUGGUCGCAGGUCAGAUAACGGGGACCGUCUACUGCAACUGUGCACAGACCACAACCUGUUUCUGGCUAGCACUAACUUUCGGCACAGUCAUCGCCGAUGUGCCACCUGGCGUCCUCCCUCUGCAUCCCAAGCCUGGACUCAGAUUGAUCACAUCGCGAUCAGCUUCCGCUGGCGUGGUUGUGUAAAAGACUGCCGCUCCUUUUGGAGUACCUAUCUGGACUCUGACCAUGCCUUGGUCUGCGCCAAUCUUGCCUUACUUUUCAGUGGACAACGAAGUGACCGCCACCAACGGAUUGAUGUUAGCAAGCUGGUUGCAACUUCUGUUGCAAAUAAGUAUCGAACCGAGUUAGCCUCUAGGCUAGCUACCACUCCACCGAAAAGUAUAGAUGAGCAUUGGUUGCAAUUGCUUGACGCCAUGAAAAUGGCGGGAACAGUCAGUUGUGGGUUUGCGAGACGUCCCGCUUUUAAGCACUGGGUUUCUUCUGGUUCCUUACAACUCAUUGAAGCCCGUCGGUCUACUCCGGGUGACCGUGAGUUUGACCAUAAACGAAGGAUGUUACGUAGGGAAAUUGGGCAAAGCUUGCCUAAGGACCGAGAAGCCUGGUGGUCGGAGCGUGCUAAUGAGCUGGAAGCAGCAGCUGCAUCUGGUAACUACCGGAAGCUCUUCCAGCUCAUCCGAGCCACUGGCAGCAAGAAGUCUGGUGUGAGUGAAACAAUCUGCGAGGAUGAUGGGAUGCCAAUCACUAACAUCCAUCGACGUCUUGGACGAUGGGCAGAAUUUUUCGAAGGGCAGUUCAACUGGCCUGCUGCUCCGGCAACAUCGGUCAGGCUGUCCUGCCCUCCAUGGCCGGUGACGACUGAUCCACCAAACGAGGAGGAAGUCCGCAAGGAACUCCAACUCUUGAAGCGUUACAAAUCACCUGGCCCAGA